CCCCCUGCGUCUCUGGCCUCACCGGUCUUGGGGGGGAUGGUUCUAUCAUGGCGUCAAUGCAGAAACGACUACAGAAAGAACUGUUGGCUUUGCAAAAUGACCCACCUCCCGGAAUGACUUUAAAUGAAAAGAGUGUUCAAAAUUCAAUUACACAGUGGAUUGUAGAUAUGGAAGGUGCACCAGGUACCUUAUAUGAAGGGGAAAAAUUUCAACUUCUAUUUAAGUUUAGUAGUCGAUAUCCUUUUGACUCUCCUCAGGUCAUGUUUACUGGUGAAAAUAUUCCUGUUCAUCCUCAUGUUUAUAGCAAUGGUCAUAUCUGUUUAUCCAUUCUAACAGAAGACUGGUCCCCAGCGCUCUCAGUCCAAUCAGUUUGUCUUAGCAUUAUUAGCAUGCUUUCCAGCUGCAAAGAAAAGAGACGACCACCAGAUAAUUCUUUUUAUGUUCGAACAUGUAACAAGAAUCCAAAGAAAACAAAAUGGUGGUAUCAUGAUGAUACUUGUUGAUGCCACUGUUAUCCUCCUCCUAGCAGAAGAUAGUCCUACUGAGAAAAUGAGCACUUUGAUCAUUCAGUCUUUGAACUUUAACCUUUGACUGGAAG